UGGGGAGUGGCCGAGUCAGCCAGUCAGAUUCAGGAAGUCGAGUUGAGUUCCUGACCUCAGGAGCAGGGCUGGGAGCUGCUGGGAAACCUCAGUGGGGAACACAAGGAGUGCUUCCCUCCACACCGCAUGGGUGGCACCCACUGUCCGCAGCACCGCCUCCUUCCCGGGUCCUGGUAGUGGGAGGGAGGGGCUGGAGGAGGGACUGAGACCUCGCCCUUGUGCCCAAGUCACUCCCGACAGCACCCAAGCAGAUCCAGCGUACCGGUCCCACAUGCAGGAAGUUCUCAGUGGACCCCAAAGAUUAUCCCCGUAUUGGAGAUAAAGAAACUGAGGACCAGAGCAACUGAGGGAUUGUCCCAAGACACAUACUGAGUGUUCCUUGCUGGCGUGCCCAAACCUGAAGCCGAGAGAGGAAUCAAUGACAAGUGGCCAGCACUGUGUCCUCUGGACCCCAGGGCUUGUUAGAUAAUUGAAUCCUUAGGCCCCACACUAGCCCAGCACCAUGGAGAGAAACAGUUCCUUCUUCAACUCUAUCUGGGAAACCAUUCGAACCAGACAUGAAAGGGGCAUCUUCAACACCAUCUGCCUGGCUGUCCUCCUGGGGCUGCCCCUAGUGGUGGUUCUUACCCUCCUCUUCGUCUGCUGCCAUUGCUGCUGCAGCAGGCCACCCAAGAGUGCUCAACAGCCAGACCAAAACAGGAAGAAGAAAAAGAAGAAGAAGAAAAAGGAUGAAGACCUCUGGAUCUCUAUUCAACCCAAGCUCCUCCAGAUGGAUAAGAGGCCAUCACUGCCUAUCUAAAGCAAGGAAGCGGGGUGAGCUCCCCUUUGAGUCCAGCCUCCUUCCAACCACAGAGACUUGGGAGGAGCCUUAAUAGUGAUGCACUCAUGCCUACAGAUUACUUAACCAAGGAACACAUCAGACUGAGCAUCCCAAUGGAUGGGAGCAUAUGGACAAGUCUUACACUGUCUUGGCAGCUAUGUGUCCAAUAACAGUGCUCUGUGUUGUAGUCCCAAGCAUGUACUACACUGUCUCUGGUAUACUCUAUCACAAAAGCACAGAAAACAUGUAUACAUGCACUUUAGAAGGAGUCUGAGUACAUACACAUAGCCACUAUGUGUAUGUAUAUUUGGACAACAGGUACACGGGACAGCAUAUUCUGUUUAUCAUGUGGCCAUUUAAUAUGUACUUUGCUCAAAUAUACACACUUACAAAAAUGUCUUACGGGAAGACAUGUCCAGAUUUAGACAUGUAUGCACAAUUAAAUAGCCAUGCAAGGCCCUAUGCACUGUCCAUAUACCAUUCAGGUUGGAGGUGGGUGCUUUCCUAUUCCUAUACCUACAUAGUAUUUCACUGGAAAUACAUUUGAACAUUCCAGCAACUUGGUACAGAACCCCAUCCCAGUGUAUAUUGAUACAGAUAGUGGUUCCUAUAUGCUUCUGACCUUUUACCUGUGCCUAAAAGUUUAAAGUAUGAUUCCAAAUCCAUUAAUUAGCUCUCUCCUUGCAACUCUCAACAAGGUCCUCAUUACCACCGGCAGGCAUUUAAUGUGGUUCAAGACCUCUCGGGGACAUUACCCCGUAACUACUCAGCAAGGUGCCCUUUUCUAAGCAGUGAUGAACAGCUCUUGGCAGUGACUACUAGAAAUCUAUGGAAACCCAUGAAUUCUCUUCAAUGGGCUGCAGUAAUGUGCCCAAGCAAUGUACAUACAGAUAAAACAGGUAAGGAGAUGCCCCACAUGAGUCAUCUGUGUUCUGUGUGGAUAAAGGUUUUCAGAUAGGAAAAAGACAAGUCCAAUCAAAAGCAGCACAUGCCCUGGAAGCAAUCCGCUGCACUUGGACCAUUACAUGGUGUGCUGCAGGCGCAAUGUAGAAGCCAUAGUUUGAACAAAAGAUUGAACUGUAAAGUCAUCUGUUGCUAUUUAUGUUGAUGCUCAGGCAAAUACCUUGUACACAAUAGGUACUCAUAACUGUGGGUGAAUAUACAAUGAUGUUAAGGAUAAACUUGUAAUACCUCACAGUUCCCCAUCAAGUGACCUGCUCUUUUAAGAUACUCCACUAACGGCUACAAAAGAUGAGACUAGAUAUUGAGACCAGUGUUGUGUUGACACAUGUGCCCUAGGGUACCUGUGGGCAUACCCAUAAGAUCUUUUCUGAGUGGAGGAGAUCCUUUCCUCCCCAGGCUAAGAGAAUGAACUGCUUGGUGUUUUGAUUAUAUUGUGGCCAUGUUACUAAGGCAGAGAAUUCCCAACUAACAGCUCAUUUGCACAGCUACUGGGGAGUUCCUUAAAUACUUCCCCCCAUGGAGACCAUUAUAGAAAGUGCCAAAUCACUGUCUAAUUAAUGGCAUAACCAAAUUAUGAUGUGACAGUAACAAGAAAAAUCCUUGAAUGUGAUGAGACUGUGAAUGGAAAGCUGUACUCUGCUUGCUCACUUGGGCUAAACGGUAGUCACGGUUCCACUCCAGGCGAGUGGAGGAUGGCUAGCUAGUAGUGGCUCUUAAACCUGGGUCUUCUAACAGCCAGAGCAGUCAUAUUCACUCUCUAAUCCUAUAAAACCUCAGCGUCCCUAGCAAACAGGCCUCUUUGACAAGAGCAUCCUGAUUCUCUGCCCCUUUGUCACACGGGGAGCUCGUUGUGAUGCACCUGACUAUCCUCCACAUGUCACGGAAUAGUCUGGCUUCUCCCCAUACCACACGUCCCUCUCUCUGCCAGUUGCUACCCACCAGGUGUCCUUCCCACCUCUAACUUUCAGUCACCCUAAGACAGAAGACCUGGGGUAGAGGUGGAGCCAGACGCGCAGAUGGGAUGUCAGAUAAGUCUGCAAGAAUGGAUCACCAGGAUCAGGGACCACACAAAUAACAUGGUUUCUGUGACAACUGGGCUGCCAGUUUGAAUCAAGACAGAAGACAGUUGUCACUGAUGCUAUAACAAGGCCUCUGUCUCCAGGCACAGUGUACCUACUGCUUUCUAAUCAAAUGGACUCAAGCCGGUUCCUGUCACAAAUCACCCGGGAUGUCAAUUCUCAGUUGUUUCCAUUCCCUGGAAUCCAGAAGUCCCAACCCUGAUUGGAUCACCAGUUUCUGACCCCUUCCUGUCACAACUUCUCUGACAGCCUUUAUGGAAAACCUAGGAUGGUUCAGGAGCAAUGACAUGAAAGGCCCCCACAUUGACACUGGGGAGCAGAAGCCCAAAGCGGUGCCUGGUGUCCUGUCUUCCUGCUUCACGCUUUUCCAUUCUUGUUGCUUCUUCUCCCUGCAUCGUGCCGGUUCAUUCCUCGUGACUCUCCACUUUUUCCCCACAGUCCAUCCCAGAGCUGCCACAGAUACAGUCAAGGGGUGGGGGUGGGUGCUCAGGACCUGUGUCUGCCUGACCCAUCUGGGGAGCUUAAAUUAUUGGAGAACAUAAGAGGCUUGGGGGGGGGGGCUGGAGGGAUGGCUCAGCAAUCAAGAGCACCUGCUGCUCUUGUAGAAGAUCCAGGUGCCAGGUACACACAUGGUGCACAUGUAUACAUGCAGGAAAACACUUGUACAUGUAAAAUAAAUGUCUUAAAAUCUUCCUUAAGGAGGAUUCAUUCAUAAAGAGGCCUUCUAAACCGCCACAGACUUGGGGAGGGGUCCCUCCCCAUGCUGGACUCCUAGUCUGCCUUGAACACACUCAGAUAUGGUCAGAGGGGUCUUUAUCCAUUGUUCAAUGAAUUCUUUUGAUUUCUUGGGAGGAGGAAAAGGAACAGGAAAAUGUAAAGAAAGGGCAGUCACUUUUCCAAGAAGAAUAUAUAAAUGAUCAAAGUUGUACAGUAUUUGUCAGUGUUUUUCUGUAAAAUCAAAUACAUAUGAAGUUUAUUUAAAUAAAUAUUUUGAAACUGA